GACACAAAAUAAUUUGUUUCAAAAGGCAUAAACUAUUUCUCUCUAAACUAUGAUGUCUUCAAUUAUCUUUAGUGAGAGUGUCGACCUACGAAGAUUCUCUGAAACAAUUAUUAAGUAACUUCGGGUCAAAAUCGGGUAAAGUUCGGCGCUCUGUUGUUACACCCAGUCACUCUUACAAUCCGACGACAUAGUGGUUUUGCCUCCUCCAAAUUUCCUACUAUAAAAUUCAGAGUGAAAGAUGAAAAUAUAAAUUGUUUGCGCGCACAGUCACCUCUAAAGAAGGUGCCAAAACUGCAAUAAAAAUUAAAAAUAAGGGAACUUUUUCCUUAUCGUAGAUAGUAGUAAACUAGAAUUGAUCGAAAGUGUAAGAAGGGUAAUUUCCAGGAAGUACUUGUACAAGCAUCAACUUAUAUCCAAGUAAUCCUAUACAUCCAAGGGUAAACAACACAAGUUAUUCUGAUUUUAAUAAAAGCAAUUAAGAAAUGACUUACUUAAAUAGACGGUAACCUCGGUAACUGAACAUCUGUUUCACGCCGAGUUCAUAAUGAGAAGAGAUAUGCUUCGAUCAGUCACCAAGGCUUUUUUCUCAUGAUAAGAGAAGUUGUAAACUCAGAAACAAAGAGAGUAAUGGAUGAUCAACUUGCUUUUAUGAAGUUUAAUACCUUUUUUAACAACGCUUUUUUCAGUCGUUGAAAAAAAUUGUUCCAUUACACCGCGAAGAAACAGCAACGACGUAAACAAAAAUUCCACUUCAUAACAUGGACUGGCGAUCACAGGUUCCCAAUCGUUAUACGGUGCCCUUAACACAGGGUAUAGAUAUCAACGACCUGAUUAGAGGAGACGGUAGCAUGUUUGAGACUGAUCUCAAUGACAUGGCUGCUUUUGAGGAUGAAGAGGAAUCACAAUACUUUGAUUCUGAGGAUGUUUUCCAACAGCUUAACUAUGAAGCUAAUGAUUUUGGAGAUGAUUCUGGCUCAGACAGAGAUGAUGAUUUGACACCUUUUCAACGCCUUGCACGUGGUAUGGAAGAUCUCACAGGAGAUGGAGGAGUUCUUAAACAAAUUCUAAGAAAGGGAACAGGGCCUGUUGUACCUGAAGGGGCUACUGUGAGAUAUCAUUAUAAUGGCUAUUUGGAGUUUAAUGAUGAGCCUUUUGAUUCCUCAAGGUUGAGAAAUAAACCAGAAAUUCAUAAGCUUGAGGAAAACAUUCUAGGUCUCUAUCUUGGUUUACGGACCAUGAGGAAAGGAGAAAAGGCUAAGUUUCUUGUGACUCCAGAAUAUGGCUAUUUAGAGAUGGGUUGUACUCCUCGUAUACCUGCAUCAGCAAAAGUACUUUUUGAAGUGGAGUUACUGAACUUCAUUGACCACAAAGCUGCUGACGAUUUUGACGCAUUUACUGAGGAAGAGAGGAAGCAAGCAUCAUUUGAACAACUUCUUAAAGUGGCUAACUCAGAAAGAGAGGCUGGAAAUGACUUUUAUAAACGAAAGCAAGUUCAUCGUGCUGUGGGCAAGUAUUUAAAGGCAAUCAAAUUACUGGAAAACUGCCAUUUACAAAAUGCUGAUCAAGAGAGAUGGAUGAAUGAAGUUUUGCUAAAACUUUAUCUCAAUGCUGCUCACUGUUUUCUAGAGUUGGCAGAAGUAAAGAAAGUUCUGACCUAUGCAAGAAAGGCUUUAGGUAUUGACCCAAAGAAUGUGAAGGCUCUCUAUAGAAUGGGCAAGGCCUUACAGAAGCAGGGUGAAUUUGACAGCGCUAGAGAUAAGUUCAAGAAAGCACAGUAUUAUGAACCCAACAACAAAGCAAUAAAAGAUGCCCUUAUUGAACUGGACAGGAAAGUGAGUCAAUUCAAAUCCCUUGAAAAGCAGACUUUUGCACGAAUGUUUGCUCCUGCUAAGAAAGAACAAGGUAAGGAUGAAAAAUCUGUACAGGCACCUGUAGACCUUGAAGCAGGAAAAAAGGAAGUGCUUAUUAAACAAUUAAGGGAGUUUAAAGAGGAGGAUGGCACUAAAGAAAUCUUUUUCCCUACAACAUUAACUCAGCAUGAAAGAGCUUACAUUAAACAGACAGCUCAAGAGUUGGGCCUCAAAGUAGAAGGCAAAGAGGGUACAAACAAAGAACUGAGGGUUACAAAAGACUAGUGGCAAGGAAUCUCUGAGUUGAAGUUUUGUUUGGUCAGAGCUAAAUGACUGAUCCAGCUACAGAGCAACCAGUUGGAUUUAAUCUAAAGAUAUAUUGCUCUCUGACAAGUCUCGUCGAAGGAUCAGUGUAUUGGUUACGUAACCUAACUGUUUGCGUCGUAAAGAAAUUUGCUGUUUUCAUUGACAGGGGGCUAUGUUGUGAGGCUCCAGUUACUUCAAUCUUAAAAUCCGACCAAUCAGGUAAUUCCAUGUAGCUGUGAGUUAUUCCAUAGUUACUCAGUGGUGGGAUGGAUGUUUCAUCCCAGUAACACCAACCUGAUGAAUUUAUAUCUUCAUCACUCUCUUUGUUGGAUUAUUUAUUGAUAUGUUGGGAGAAGUUGCAUGAAUGGUUAACUCUUAAGUGUGCAGCACAUUUGAAAAUUUUUUGGACGAGUGUUUUCACCUCCUAAAGCUUAGUCUGCCGGGCAAAAGUGUAUCUUAAAUUGAAUGAAACUUUGCCAUGGAUAUUUAUUUUGUUAUUUCCAAUUAUAUCUUUGAACACCAA